UCGUGGCAAGCUCCCGAGGUCCCUAUUCUCUACUCCUCAUUUGCCCUCCGCGGUUGAUUACCUUCUCUCACUAAACAACUAUCUCCGCCAUGGCGCAAAUACGCGGCACCGCGGGAUACAAUCUCGGUCACCAAAAUCCUUUCGGAGGACCUGGUCGCGCAGACGCUACAAAUGACCCUAGCCCCUUGGAUGCAAUUCGGGAACAAACCAGCAAGAUUGAAGAUUGGUUGGACACGUUGGCAGAUCCCGUUAAACCCUAUCUCCCAGCCAUUGGUCGUUUCCUGAUCGUGGUCACCUUCAUUGAGGACAGUCUGCGUAUUAUUACACAAUGGAGUGAUCAGCUCCUCUAUCUUCGGGAAUAUCGCAAGAUUCCGUGGGGUAUCACGCACACCUUCCUCAUUCUCAACGUGAUCGCUAUGUCUAUAUGUUCAUUCAUGGUCAUUGCUCGCAAACACACUGAAAUCGCCGUUGCUGGUCUGCUGGGUGUCGUCGUCACCCAGGGCCUCGGAUAUGGACUCAUCUUCGAUCUCAACUUCUUCCUCCGCAACCUGAGUGUGAUCGGCGGUCUCCUCAUGGUGCUCUCCGAUUCCUGGGUCCGCAAGAAGUUCGUUCCGGCUGGAUUGCCCCAGCUUGAUGAGAAGGACCGCAAGAUGUACGUUCAGUUCGCUGGCCGUGUCUUGCUCAUCUUCCUCUUCAUCGGGUUCGUCUUCUCCGGCCAAUGGAGCUUCUGGCGUGUUCUGGUCAGCUUGUUCGGCUUGGUCGCAUGUGUCAUGGUCAUUGUGGGGUUCAAGGCCAAGUGGAGUGCAAUCAUCCUGGUGGUGUUGCUGAGCGUUUUCAACAUCCUGGUCAACAACUUCUGGACCCUCCACCCCCACCACCCCCACAAGGAUUUCGCCAAGUACGAUUUCUUCCAGAUCCUGUCUAUCGUCGGCGGUCUCUUGCUUCUAGUCAACAUGGGCCCGGGCCAGUUGAGCAUGGACGAGAAGAAAAAGGUCUACUAAACAGGCCCCAACCGAAAGCAAGAAAGGAAAGAAAGAAAGAACCAAAAAGCUGAAAAAGCUAAAAAAGUUAAAAAAAGACUACAGCAAAGGGCCACUGAGUUGUGCGCAUGUGUGCUAAUUACUC